AUGGGCUCUUUCAAGAGGAUUGCGACUCUGGUGCUUGUGUUAUUUUAUCUUUCCGACAAGGUCGCCGAAUCUGAUCCGGACACGACGGUGGUGUACUUUGGUUGCAACGCCCAAGACUUCAGUGGGUGGCCUGACGAGUCAUACUACCACGAUGCCUUGGAACAAGUUUUCCAUGACUUGAUUACACAAACUCCAAUUUCGGGUUACAGUCACUACUGCACGUUCCAGGUAGAAAAUGGCAAUGGUCUAACCCUCGAAACCUUUUAUGGCCAUGGGGCGUGCAAUGGAGAGAUUGAGAUAUCCUAUUGUGCCAAUUGCUUGAUUGCUGCAGCUGGUCUAAGCAGGAACAAUUGCCCUUCAAAUAUGGGGGCUACUUUUCAGCUGGGGGAUUGUCGACUUAGAUACGAGACUUACCAAUUUACGGAUCAAUGA